UUCAAAUUGUUUAACAAAUAAUAAAAUUGUUAAAUACAGCGAUAAAGCUUUAUUAAUUGACAUAGUACAUAAUACAAUUUUUAAAAGCUUAUCUCUUAUGGAAUUAUAUAAAUUAAUGUUUCAUAAUUUCCCUGACACCCAUUUAUAACAUGGAAAUUUUUAUCUGUUCUGGCAAAUUUAAGAUAAGGAAGUAUUGGAAGUAAGAAACUUUUUAAUCUAUAUGAGGAAUUUACUAUAAUUCAUAUUGAUGUAAUUAUAAAUAUAAUAUUUUCAUGGAUAUAAAAUAUGCUAGUUAAUUGAAUUAUUAUUGUAUUAUUAAUGUGUAGUAGUAGCUUGUCAUGACUUAUAUACAGACAAAUGUAUUACAUUAAUGAGGGAUUUGAAAAGGUACCUUAUGUUUGAUAGCUACUAACAAAUAUGCAGACAACUUAUCUACUAUUAGCUGCACUGUUACCUUUCGCCGUUCAUGAUAUUUGGUAUGCAAGAAUUAUUCAAGAUAUGUCAUAAAAGAAUUAAAAUAUUGGAAACUGUAAUAAACAUUUAAAGAUAAAUUUUUUACAUAUUUUAUAAAACAAAUAAACUAUUUCUUCUGUGUUCUACUUGAUUUGAUCAAUUUUCAAAUUACAAGCAUUAAAUAAUGUGCAAUAAUUAUUAUUUAAAUUGUAAAUAUAUGCAUCAAUCUCCUAUACAAUUAAUAAGAUACUUAUUUUGGAUCAUGAAAGUAUCAAUAAUAACAUAUCUUAUUAUAUUUGGGCUUUUGCCUAUUAUAUUUCACUACUCAUAUACCAUACAGAAGAAGAUUCUUUUUUUAAAUUUUGUGCAAUGGCCACUUAAUGUAGAUUUUUCGAAACCAGAAUUAGUUGGAAUGAAAGGAACAAGAAACUUUUAUUUACAAACUGAUCAACAAGUAAAAAUAGGACUAUGGCAAAUAUUACCUCAGUCUUUACUAAAUGAUUCAAUUAUUACAACUGAUGAUGAUUAUGAAACUAUGUUAAAAAAUGCUAAACAACCAAUUUUCCUUUAUAUGCAUGGUAAUAGUGGUAAUAGAGCAAGCAAUCAUCGUUUAGAAUUAUAUAAACUUUUCCAGACUUUAGAUUAUCAUGUUAUAUGUUUUGAUUAUAGAGGUUAUGGUGAUAGUGAAGAAGCAGAACUUUCUGAAAUAGGUGUAGUUAGUGAUAGUAAAUAUGUACUUGAAUGGUUAUUAAAAAUAGUAAAUGGUACAGCUCCUGUUUUUGUAUGGGGACAUUCAUUAGGAACUGGAGUUUCAGUUCAUGUAUUGGCAUUAUUAGCAACAGAAAAAGUUCAGCCUGCAGGUUUAUUCUUGGAAUCACCAUUUAAUAAUAUAGCAGAUGAAUUAAGUGAACAUCCUUUAUCACAGAUAUUUAAACAUUUACCAUGGUUCCAUUGGGUAAUUGUUGAACCAUUUUAUGAUAAUUAUCUCCGUUUUGAAUCUGAUAAACACAUAGAAAAAAUCCAAUGUCCUAUUAUGAUAUUACAUGCAGAAGAUGAUAAUAUUGUUCCAUUUGCUUUAGGUGAAAAGUUAUUUAAAGCGGCAAUAAAUUAUCAUGGAAACGACACAAAUCGCAUUCAGAUGACAAGGAUUGAUGCAACACAUGGUUUUGGACAUAAAUAUAUAUGUCGUUAUAAAAAUUUACCUAAUAUAAUUAAAUCAUUUGUACACGAGGCACGUAAAAAUCAGACUGAUUAAAAUAUAUAUUAAAAUGUCAGUAUAUACGUACCUUUACAUAAGUAUUUUUUACACUAAAUAUUAGUAGAUGAUUAAUAUAGAAUAUAAUGAAAGAAUAUCUUUUAUGCUGCAAGUCAGAAUCAAUACUAUUUUACUGAAACAUGUAAAGUUUAUUUAUUGUAUAAUUGUAUUUUCUCUUUUAAAUGAAGCGGUUUUCAUUAUUUACAUCGCGUAUAGUACAAGACUAUUAAACCUUAAAUGUACUCAUGCUAUAAAUAUAAAAGUGAUAUUUCUUGUACAUGGAAAAAUAUAGUGACGUCAAAGUUCA